GGAACAGAUAUUUGAAAUAAUUGUUUGAAAACCGUAAGAGAAAGUCAGUACGUUACUGCCUGUGCUCCUUGAGCCCCUAUUCUCAUCCUAUGACAACACUAAAAGAAUACUGAGAUUUCAACAGAGACCAAAUAAUUUAAAAAUCAGAAAGUGUUGACGCUUACGUUAGCACUGCAGGAUCCCAGUUUCAUUACCACUUUCAGUAGGAGGCAAGGUUCUGCCUGAUGAACAGAGAUGGCCAGCUUCAGGUGACGGAUGAGGCUACCAUGCCAGCCACUCUUUCUAACUGGACAGAGUGCUAAGAUACAUGCCAAGUUGCUUCUGAAUGAAAUAUCACCUGAAGUAUGAUAACUCAGAAACAGUUCAGAAACUGCCAAAGGGGGAGAGAAGAUACCCCUGCAGCACGAACAGAAGGACAGCUGAAAACAAAGGUCUCUUAUUCUCCAUAUCAAAGAUUAUUUUUGUAUGAAGGACUUUUAAAUUAAUGCAGUUUUGAAAAAGUAGUUUGUUGUGUUGUUGCUGUUUUGGCUUGAUUCUUUUUUUCUAACAAUUUUUUAAAAUGUUUUUUUCCACUUUCUUUGUUCUCAAAAUUCAGAGCAACAUCUACUGAAGCUUUAAAUCGAAACAAACCAGCUGAAGGCAGAUUCUAAACAGGGAAAUGUAUUUGAAAAGGUGGAAGGGUCAAAGGAUCAGAGGAGGCAAAAGUAACAUGCCAGCUGAGCUGAAUCAGGUGUGUUAGUAUCGAAAGGGCGUGGAUUUGUUCUUUCUAGCUGCAGGCAAUCAAACUGAGACAAGUGAUGGUUUCUUGAUUAAAGAGACUCUUUAUCUGCCAAAAUAAAGAGGUUAGUGACACAAUAUGGCAUAACUGAAGGUUAUGGAUGCUUUUCCUUUUGAGUACAUAGCUUUACACCAAAGCUAAGAUGCCAGUUCAGAGACGAACUUACUAACUUCAUAAAGCAUGAUGGAAUCAGUUCAAUCACAGAAGACAGAACUGCUACAUGAACAAGCUGUGCUCUGUAUUGGAUCACACUAACAGUCCACAAAGCUAGUUUCAAAGCAUUUUCAAAGACCUAAGUAAAAUACUAGGAUGGUCUACGAUCAUUACAGUUUUAUUGAAUUUGUGGCAGUAAAUUCUUGUAAAUGACAUUUCAUCUCAUGAUUAUGAAUCAUUCUUUUACUGCCUAUUCAGUCUCAGAUCAGCUAAUAGCAUACAUUAAGGAUAAACGGUACUGUUUACUCAACAAAGUACUUUAUUCCUUGUUUAGGAAUUCUCGCCAGAGGUAGGUUGGUAGGUAAUUGAUGCAAGAUUUUGCGUAGACUAAAUAACCUAUUUCAUGAACUAAUGUGGAACCCUGGACUAAUUUUGGCUCAUGGUCUACAACUCUUAAGCUUUGAUUAGUUCUCCUGUUAAGCAUACGAAACCUAACAAAGAUAGGUUAUAUUUAUAACAAGCAGGAAACACAAAAAGGUAUUAUUCAUAUCUGAUAUGGGAAGAUGGGGCCUUGACAGUUUGUCUGAAAAAAAAAUAAUAAAAGGAAUUAGUACAUGAAGGAAGCUUACAAAAAGGAAGGAGACUGACUUUUUAUAGGGGCAGAUAGGGAUUGGACAAUGGGGAAUGGUUUUAUACUAGAAGAGGGGAGAUUUAGAUUAGAUAUUUGAAGAAAAUCUUUCACUCAGAGGAAGAAGCAGCACUAGCCCAGGCUGCCCAGAGAGCUUUGGGUGCCCUAUCCCUGGACAUGUUCAAAGCCAGACUGGAUGGGGCUUUGAAGCCUGCUUUGCUGCAUGACGAACUUGCCCACAGCAGGCGGUUGGAAUUGGAUGAUCUUCAAUUUCCUUUCAACCCAAGACAUUCUGUCAUUUUUCAGCAAUUAAAAAAAAAAAACCCAAGAGAUUAAAUGAUGUUCUAAUUUACACAGUGUAAAAUGGGAGAAAGUCCACUGACUGGAGUAGAAUUAUACUGGUUUUGCACCCCAAUUUGAACCCUAAGUAGCUCAAGAAUGUACGAAUUCUCGACUGAAAAACACAUCUAUGGGCCUUUACAGUACAGAACUACUGUACUAUAGUUUCACUGAGUUUUGUUCCACUGGUCUUUGUAAGGUCUCCAAUGGCUAUUUGCCUCUCAGAUGGAAGGUACAAGAUCAGGAAUCCAGGCACAAUGUGUUACUGGAUUAGAGUAUUUGUCAGGUAAGGAGCAGCUUAGGUUCUUCCCUUUCCACAAAGGUAGACACACUCACUAAAACUGUCCAGCUUUAUUUUGGAUUUAUGGUUGAGUUAAAAGGCAGGGAGUUAUGUCAUGUAGAAACCUGCUCAGUUUAUCAGUCCUGCAGCAUUUUAUAGUGAGAGUAUCAUAAAGGUAGGGAAAUAAAAUAUUACAGACAGGGCUAAACUGGCUUAGUCUGCAAGCAUGCUAUACAAACAUAUAUGUGUUGAUUUGAGAAGUUGCAAGGCUCAAAGUAGUCAUUCCCUGAAACAGCUGUGCUUCUGGGCCUUGGUGGUCCAAAUGGGAUGCUCUCUCCAAGCUUUGAGAUCUCACUUGUCAACUGACAGGCUGAUUGCAUUAGAUAUAUCUCUUUAGUUCUUUUUUUCCAAAUACCAUUUUGAAAUAAUUGCAACCACUAAAAUCAUGAGCUGCAGCUAUACAAAAAAAUUCCAGGAAACUCGCAUCAUACAAGAGGGAAUUGUUGCAACAGCACUUUUGAAGGGUCACAGAUAGAUAAAUGCAAGCUGCAGCUCAGGACAGAACAAACUUUUCCUCCUAGUCUGUAUCUACUCAGUCUGACAGAUGCAAUGGAUGGUAUCACAAAUGUUGGGAGUUCUAACAUGUACAUACAGGCAUUUCACACUGAGUUACAGCUAAGUAAAAUGAAAUGGUCAAAUGACUAAAAUGGACAGCUAAGGCAGCAAGCUGACAAAUAGCUUCUAACCAGGUCCAGAUGUGUUUUCUUUCUGCAUAAUUUGAAAUCUAACAUUUCCAAACAUGACAUGCAGUUCAGCUCUUUUCCCUCCAGCCUGAACUUGCACGCUGGAACCACACAUUAUGCUAAUGAUCUCCAAGGACCUAGCAGUGCUGUUGCUUAGGAACAAAAGUUUUAUAGGCUGCAGACAGAGAACUGAACAGAAGCACUGUAGCCAGGGAAGUUCUUUUUCAACUCUUCUUCCCCUCAGUAAACUCAUAUACACAACAGUUUCUUGAAGGCCCGCCAUUUUCCUUCAAGGAAGCCCAAUUAAAAAUUUACAGGCCUCUGAAAAGGAAAUUGUCCUGUGCUCCCCUGCUUUACCAACUGAAAGACAAAUUCAUUUCUCACAGAGGAGCAGACCAGAGGAAGACUGCGCAGUAGCAGACCAUGAAGGCUCAUCUCGUGUUGCUGAAAGAAAGAAGCAGCUUGUGACAUCGGUACCACAGCUUUUAAGACUGUCUCUCUGUUUGCUGGAAUUAACAGUCACUGCUUUCAAAGGCUGGGGCUCCCCGCUUCUUCCAGAGUCUGGUGUGUUUGUCUUUCUCUGAGGAAAGAUGGCCAAGGGAAAAGGAAAAGGUCCUAAAGGAAAAAAAAUCACCUUGAAAACUGCAAAAAAUUCUAUCAGGAUCUCUUUUGAUGGAGGCCGUCGUCUUGACUUAAGUAAGAUGGGUAUCACUACCUUUCCCAAAUGCAUUCUAAAACUGGCUGAUGUGGAUGAGCUUGAUUUGAGUAGAAACAUGCUAAAAAAGAUCCCAAACAGCAUUGAGAAGUUCCAGAAACUGCGCUGGCUGGACCUGCACAGCAAUCAGCUAGAAGAGUUGCCCAAGACAGUAGGUACGCUUCAGAAUCUUUUCUACCUGAAUAUAUGUAACAACAAGCUGACCAGCAAAACCUUGCCAGAAGAGUUGAACCUUCUAAAAAACCUGCGUAUUCUCAAUCUUGGCUUGAACUGUCUUGACAGCAUCCCCUCCACACUUGGGGCCCUGAAGGAACUUAAGGAGUUAGGUCUCUUUGACAACUUCUUGACCACUAUCCCAAACAGUGUGAAAACGCUUCCCAGGCUCCAGAAACUGAAUGCAGAAAGAAACCCUUUCCCUGAGUCAGAGAAAGAAGAGUACAUUGACCCCAUCAAGCGUGUAGAAUCGCUUUACUUAGUACAAGAGAAAGACCUAUGCUGUUCCUGCCUGAAGACCUGUCAGGAAGAAAGGGACAAACUAAACAAGUUUAAGAACACAAUGUCCUGCCCCUCCAAGAAGCUCAGUUUCCCUUUACUCCUUACACCCAACUCCACUGCAAUGGAUAACCAAGAACAAUGGAGAUUGAAAGAUAAACACCUCUGAACUCUACAGUGCUCCAUGGGCCAUGUCCUAUGAAAUCCAGCUCAAGCUAAUUAAAAAGCUAUCCACCUGCCUUUUUCUGCAGUUCUCUUCAUUUAAAGACAUCCAGUUUUAGAAGCAGAUCUGAGGUGGUAUCUAAAACCAAAUCCCAAACAAGUAAAACAAAUGUGCAUUUUAAAAAGGACACACUGGAAAGACUACUUUCUAGCACCUGGGCCUGUUCCUACAAGAUGUUCUUCUGGUUCUUUGUGGGUUUUUUUUUUUUGUUUGUUAUGAACUUUAUGUUCUUGUCACAUGUCCACUGAAGGGAAUCUUCACAAAAAUAGUUAUUUCUAGUAAUUAUCUCAUACCACUUAGCCCCCCAAACGUUACUUCUGUUAAUUUUCAUCGGGUCAUCCACAGUCUCAGUGAAUACAAUAUACAAGUGCAAGCAAUGAGCAGAUUAUAAAAGUAGUUGAGCAUGGCACAUGAAGAGCUGCUGGCUGCAGCCUCAGUAACAUGUUGACAGCACAGAUUUAACUGUAUUUAAAUGAAGAAUGAAGUGCCAUGGGUGAAGCAUUCAGUGGUCCAGAAAUAUCAAAAAUGAUUAUCAAUUUUAAAUGUCACAGAACACUACCAUCUCUAUAGAGUUAGCCAUCAUUUCUAGCUCAGAUUAUGCUCUAGCCAGAGCUGUUUGCACACUGCAAUGAUACUUCUUGCAAGCAGAUGGCUAGUACUCAAGGUGAAAGCAUUCACUUCAAAGAUAAGUAACGACCUGCAAGAGGUGGAAUGAAAACAAACAAAAAAAGGGAAGCAGAGGUCACACAAACAAGAUACUACAACUCCACAGAUCUCAACAAUAUUCUGCCUCCAAGUGAUCAUUCCAGAGUACAUUAGUCAGGCCCUCAGGGGUGUAUUCCUCACACACCCAAUUUGAGAAGAUCUGCAGCUAUACAAAUAACUCAGUGUCUGCACUGAACAUGGUUUCAUUCAACUGACACUGGAAGGGAAAGCUUUCUUUUCCUGCAGCAGUAAAUCUGAUGAACCACAAAUUGGAAUCUCCAAUGCGCUGUUACUGUAGCAUGCCAAAACUUCCACGCACACAUCUGUCACUGUCUACUCUAAACACACAAUAAACAGCCCAUUAUGUAGAAACAUUAUGGAUUAGCUUUGUAGCCUCACCUCACUGACUGUCUCUAUCCCACAGUAACUAUCUGUGUAGAGUUUACCAUAAAAUCAUAUUAAGGAGUUAAUAAUUAUUAAUCAACUAAGCACUGUCAGCUACUUAACACAUUCCUCAUACCUUCAAAUCACGGAUGCUGUACACUAGAACACCUUAGAGUUCUGGAGACACAACUGAAUCUUUAAAAUAGAGAGCACAAACAGCUAAGUUUCCAAUUUCCAUUUUUUUGUUUGUUUGUUUUUAAGGUACAAUUUAAUAAUGUGUUUGCUCUUAUUUUCUACUGUUAUCCAAUGUUCAUGU